AGAUUCUUCGUCGAUUCGAUAAACAAAAAGGGGGUCAAGGGUAUAUUUUUCUGUUGAAAUUCGAAUCCCCUUUCCGUUGUUAUUUAUACGCGUAACUCUUAUUAGUCGGUGUGUUUACGUUCGAAGUCAUUCAUUUCUAAUUGCUGAAGAAGCCAGAUCACUCUGUCGUCUGUUGAAGGUAUUUCAGUGAUUUAAAGCAAAUAUCAUCGGUAUGCAAUUUAUCCCACAGCAGCGAAGACUUGCAUUUGUCUUUCUUUGCUUACUGCAAAUUAACUUGAUAUAUUUACUCGAAGAGGAGAACCCUAUGUCGGAACCAUGUUCUUCCGGUAAACAACAAAGACCCUCAGAGAAAUUCAAACAGGAAGAUCAGUCUAUUACGUCCAAUGACAAUUGUUUGAACGGGCAAUGCGGUGAAAAUACUUCGUCAAAAGAUUUGGUUCCUCGUGUAAAGAGGCGGGUCUCCACUACUGGUGAAAGGAUAGGCGCUGUCGUGUUAAGUGUGUUGACGUUGGGAAUUUAUUGUAUAAUUAUGUGUGAGAAAGUGUUCAAUGAUCGACCCAGCAUACGAUGCCCUGCGCCUAUAUUUAUGGAUGCCCCGAAAGGACACAACUAUGCCAAUGUUUCAUGGAAAUGGGCUACUGCUUCUGAUCCACAAGAACCUUCCAUAGGUGUCACAACUUCACAGCCAGGUAUUCCUAAUCCAAUCAGAGUCGGUCCUGGAUGGAAAAGUUGGUAUUUUGUAGCAACAGAUAAACAUGGCGAAAGUGCAAGUUGUCUCUUUAACAUAACCGUAAAUGGUUUUAAAUAA